CAAACGUAAAACAAAUCAACUGGAUCAAUUUAAAAAAGAAGAGUCUGCUGGUGCACAAAAAAAUUAACAUAAAACUAAAUGGAAUGUUAAUCGAAUGUUUUAUUUAUGUAAAUUAGUAGUUUAAAGCUUUUUUCUCGUCCCGCGGAUACUUCGCUGGGUUUGUUGACAAACAGCAAACAAACCAAUUAAAGGAAUUUUAAAAAGACGAGCAGCAGGCUGUAUAAAAAAUUACAAUAAAAAUAAUUGAAAUGUAAAUUAGUAGCUUAAAGCUUCGUCAUCUUAUUAUCCACCUUAGCAGUAUCUUCCCGACACAUGCUGCUCAGCUCGGACUCCCAGUAUGCCAACAUGAGCCAGAAAGUGUAGAAGUGAAAAUUUAGAAAAUGUGAUCUGUUGGGAUCGUUGGGAAUAAAUGCUCAAGUUUAUUAGUCUAGUUGUGUUUUUACUCAAAAUACGCGUAGAAUGACACCUCCUUUGUAUAAAUCCGAUGCUCCAUUCAAAAUACGCAAAACAAGGUUUGGGGGACUUCUCAAAAUGAAAAUUGUAUUUUGUUUGUCAGCUUGUCCCAAAAGCAUUGUUUUAGGGUCCUGGAAAUUGCAGAUGAUAUUAAACAACUUAAUAUAAGAAUCUUUAGUUUUACCACUUUUGGACUCUUAUCAUCUUAUCUUCACUACGUUGCAAACAUCAUACUUAAAUCAUAAUACCCAUAAAACUGCAAGGGUAUAAGGAGGGUAAAAAAACAAUAACAAGGAAAUUGGAUCGGCAUGUACAAAUGCUUAGCAACGUAGUUGGCUUUCGCCCUUUAGCUAAGGACUUUCUAUUACUUUCCCUUACAUCACACUUUUGUCAAUAUGGUGUCGAUCACCGAAGAGCUGGUCCGCAAGAAAUCGGAGCACAAUGAACGUCUAAUUAGCACUUUGGAAGAGAUUUCAUUGCACCAGGAGGAUAUCGAGGCCAUAGAACACAUCCAAAACUGGUGUCGCAACCUGAAAAUCCUUCUCCUCCAAUCCAAUCUGAUUUCGCGUCUGGAGAACUUGCAUAAACUAAAACGUUUGGAGUACCUUAAUGUAGCCAUCAAUAAUAUUGAGAAGGUGGAGAACCUGGAGGGCUGCGAGUCUCUUACCAAACUGGAUCUUACUUUAAAUUUUAUAGGAGAACUAACCAGUGUGGAGUCGCUAUGUGGAAAUCACAAUCUCCGUGAACUGGUGCUCAUUGGAAAUCCUUGCGUGGACUAUCCACAAUACAGAAACUACGUGGUUGCGACUCUGCCGCAACUGAAUAGCUUGGAUUGCAUAGAGAUCACACCUUCGGAGCGUCUCCAAGCUUUGAGGGAACUACCCAAAAACCGUGCCAUCAUCGUCCAGAAGCAGGCAGAUCAGGCUAUAAGUCGGGAUGAGCAGCGUAUCCGGGUGGCGGAGCAGCAGUCCGCCUUGGCCGAUCGUUGUGCAGGAAUAGACGAUGAAGAGGAGCGCAUUAAAACCUUCUGGCAAGCAAAGAGCGAGCACUGUCCGGAGAUUCGCACGGAGAUCGCCCGACAGCACCGGAUAGGCCGGGAGCGGCACGAAACCAAAUCCCCGUUGGAUCCUCCGAAGCAAGAGCGCAAUCUUUUUGCUCCCUGCGGCAGACCGUACAAUCUGAACCAAGGCAAGAUGCCCUUUAAAUUCCAGGACGAGGCCGACCAUUACUUGCUCGAACUAGAAGUAUACAGACACCUGGAUACCUCUCUAAUUGAUGUGGACGUACAGACCAUGUAUACUAGAGUCACCGUCAAAAAAAAGAUCUUUCAGAUCGCCUACAGUGAGGAGGUCAAGCCGGAUGAGUCUACGGUGCAGCGUUCGCAGAUAACAGGUCACCUUAAGGUCAAACUUAAAAAACUAAAAGUCAACGAUCUACUGAUCACCAAGAAAAGUACGUCUAAAAGCCAUGCCCCUUCUGAUGAUGGAAAGGACGAAAAAUCCAAGGAAAGACUCGAUGGAGUUGUGGACAUCAGUAACAUUUGUCCGCCCGACGACCUUCCCGAAUUAAUAUGAAAAGGAAUUUAUUAUUUAAAAAUGGUUUAUUUAAAUAUUUGUCUGUUUUGGUUUGUUUUCUCCAACCCCUCAUCCUUCGUUUGUUUUUGUUUGGUUUUAUCGAUCGAUCAAUUAGCUUCCUAGUAACCUCUUCAGCCCGAUCUGAUGUCUAUAUAUACGCGCUUGUGUUUGUGUGAGUGUGUGUACAUAUACAAUACAUAUAUAAGUGUAGUUACAUUCCCAAAUAACGUGAACCGUAUAAUAAAAUAAAGAUCACAAACGAAGAAAAAGAAACU